AUGGAAACCAACCCAAUAACUACCAUAACCGACCUCGCACCCCUCAAACUUCCCUCCUCCUCACAAACCGCCGACCUCCAGCAUUUGCAUGCAUUAAUGCACCUCCUCCACCAUCGGAACCACAAUCAACAUCGCCGCAGCACUUGGUAUCGCCACUUCAACAUCUUCCGACGACAUCUGGGCACGAUGCUGGAAAACCUCACGACUCUCUCACAUGUACCUACCACAAACCUCGCUCGACACAAGAAGAAAGCAGAGGAUGAGGCUUUGCGACUGAGGAUACAGCAAACAGUGUCUUUCUGGCGAGAUGUGCUGGUGCCAAAGACACAACAUGCAUUUGGGCAAUUGAUAGCGGAUGGACGAUUUGCAGUGCUGGGUGUGGUACUAAUGGCAAUCUUGGGGCACGUGUGUAGGGUGUUUGGGCUGAUCUCUGUUUACGAGGAGUUAGGAGAGGAAGAGACUAGGAAAGCCAUCGAGGUCUUUGCUGCGGAGGGAUGGGGCGAGGAUGAAGGAUUGGGUGUCCUUGUGCCACGAGAAGCAGAGAAGAGAGAAGAUCUGGGCGAGGUCUUGACAAGGGAAGACAGCGAAGACGAAGAGGAUCUAGUGGCUACAAAGGCAAGAGCAACGGAGAAGGAAUUGAGGAAGGUUGAGAGUGGCUGUCUGGCUCCAGAACGUGACAUGCUGGAGCAAAGUCGUAAGGCACUGAAAGCCAUGGCUACCGGCAAGCCAUUUGUCACAUCUUCGCGAGAAUCCAGCAUACCUCCGCCAACAAAGACAAAACCGAGCACGAAGCUCAAGACCAUGGAACCCGACAGCAAGCCGAAGAUCACAAAGGUUCUGCCUGCUGUCAAUUGGGACGACAAUUCCACGACAACUCUAGCGAAAACAUCAUCGAAGAAUGCUACAAAGACUUCAGAGCCGAUUGCGUCUUCAGCGACGACGAGUUUGAAGCCUAAGAAGAAAAGGCCAAAGCCAGAGGAAGGAGAAAGUUCUAGCGGUGCUGCAAAGCCAGUCAAGAAGAAGAAAAAGAAGAAUGCUAUCGACGACUUAUUUGCUGGGUUGUAG